AUGCUUCAAAGCUUAAUUCCUCGAUCUCCUAUCAAUUCCACAGACCCCAACAAUUCUUCUUCUUCCUCUUUCAUGAAAUCCAAGCGCGCCGCUGCUGACCUCACUGCCGGCGAGUCCUCCGCUGAUGACCCUUCAUCCAAACGGGUCAGUAAGGAAAAACCCACCACGGAAAUGGAGUCCUUCUCUACCGCUGUCGAAGUUGGCGGGGCAGACGACGGGGGUGAGUCUAGUGGGCUCCGGUUGCUGGGGCUCUUGCUGCAAUGCGCGGAGUGUGUUGCGAUGGAUAAUCUAGUUGACGCGACGGAGUUGUUGCCGGAGAUAGCGGAGCUGUCGUCGCCGUUUGGAUCGUCGCCGGAGAGAGUGGGAGCGUACUUUGCUCAUGCUUUGCAGGCGCGUGUGGUUAGUUCUUGCCUCGGUACCUACUCACCGCUCGUGUCAAAGUCAGCGACGCUAACUCAGUCACAGAAACUAUUCAAUGCUUUGCAGUCUUAUAAUUCGAUCAGUCCUUCGGUCAAAUUCUCUCAUUUCACUGCUAAUCAAGCCAUUUUCCAAGCACUGGACGGUGAAGAUCGUGUCCACGUCAUCGAUUUGGAUAUAAUGCAAGGACUUCAAUGGCCAGGAUUGUUUCAUAUUUUAGCUUCACGGCCUAAAAAGAUACGGUCCAUGAGAAUUACCGGGUUUGGAUCUUCGUCCGAGUUGCUUGAGUCCACCGGGAGACGGCUUGCCGAUUUCGCAAGUUCGCUCGGUCUCCCCUUCGAGUUUCAUCCUUUAGAGGGUAAGAUUGGGAGUGUGACGGAUUUGAGUCAACUCGGGGUGAAGCCGAGAGAGGCUAUUGUAGUACAUUGGAUGCAUCAUUGUUUGUAUGAUGUAAGCGGGAGUGAUUUAGGGACGUUGAAACUGUUGACUUUGUUAAGGCCGAAAUUGAUCACGACCGUAGAACAAGAUUUAAGUCAUGGGGGGAGUUUUUUAGGGAGGUUUGUUGAGGCAUUGCACUAUUAUAGUGCCUUGUUUGAUGCCCUUGGGGAUGGAUUAGGUGUGGAUAGCGUAGAGAGGCAUAUGGUGGAGCAGCAAUUGUUUGGGUGUGAGAUUAGGAAUAUUGUUGCUGUUGGUGGGCCUAAGAGGACCGGUGAGGUCAAGGUUGAGAGAUGGGGUGAUGAGUUAAAACGGGUCGGGUUUCGACCCGUUUCGCUUGGAGGUAACCCGGCCGCUCAAGCUAGUUUGUUGCUUGGGAUGUUUCCAUGGAAAGGCUAUACUUUGGUUGAGGAAAAUGGGUGCUUGAAGUUGGGGUGGAAGGAUUUGUCCUUGUUGACUGCCUCGGCGUGGCAGCCCUCCGAUUGA